CAGUCCCGAUUCCGACGCACCGUCGCCGUCGCUUGUCGCGCCGCACACUAUUACAACAACAACAACAACAACAACAGUCAACAACAAUAAUUUAAAUAUAAUAUAUUAUAACGUCGUUUUUGGUGGUUUUUUUUUUUUUAAGAGAAAUUUUCCUUAAUUUUUUUUUUUCGUUUUAAAUAUAUAUUAAACAAAUUUUAUCGAUUCGUUUUUUUUUGGUUUUUUGUCUCAUAUAUAUAUAUAUUAGUAAAAAAUAUAAUUUAUAAAAAAAAAAAAACAUAAUUAUAAAAGCGUCGAUUGUCGCGAGUGUCGGGUGUGCUUACCGCAUAAGCAUAGUGCGGCCGUUUUUUUUUCUCUCAAAAAAAAGAGUAUAGUUUUUUUGUUUAUGUGUGUGUGUGUGUGUGUCUAGUACGUGCGCGCGAUUAAAUCAAAAUUAUAUUUAUAUAUAUAUAUAUUUAACUAGUAUUAUUCGUUUUGUGUGUGUGUGUGUGUGUUAUAAUAUAAUUUUUAUUUGAUUAUACCGAAAAAUCUAAUAUUUCAACCGUAUCGGUCCCCCCCGGGCGGACACGGCGGCGCGUCGAUCACCAAUCAAAAACCGAAAUCGAGUGUCGUCGGGUUUUGUUUUUUGAUAAAUAAUUAUCAUAUAUUUUUAUAAUCGCGUGUAAUCGUUUGCGAAAUAAUAUAAAAAAAUAAAAAAUUACCGAAAUGAGCAUCGCCGCGUUGUUGCAAGCCGCGGAGUACCUGGAAAGGCGCGAAAGAGAAGCCGAACACGGAUACGCUUCGCCGAUGCCGAUUACCAUUGAUCUCAAAGGGGCCAACGUCAAGAGGCCCAAGACCAAGAAGUCGCAGGGAAGUCGGACGACUCACAACGAGUUGGAGAAAAACAGACGAGCGCACCUGAGAAACUGCUUAGAAAAACUCAAAGAAAUGGUACCGCUGGGUCACGAAUCGUCUCGGCACACCACCCUGGGGCUUCUGACCAAGGCCAGACGUUUCAUAAAGAAUCUUGAGUCGCAGGAGAAAAAGCAAAUGAUUCACAAAGACACUCUGAGCCGGGAGCACAGAUUCCUCAGGCGGAGACUGGAACAGCUGACCACCACGCUUAACGUGAACAAACGCCGGUCCGUGUCGGAGUCCAGCAACUACACGACCGCGUCCGGCGCGUCCACGACCUCGUCCGCUUGCAGCAUGUCUUCUUCGUCGCCGUCCAUAUCCGAAUCGGACGAAGUGGACGUCACCGGAUGGGUCAGCGACACAGGCAGCGUGCAAUCCGGAUCCAGCGACAGCGGCGUGGCACUGUCCACAUGCCGCAUCACUCUUUCCGAAAUGGUCUUUUAGAUAAGCGAAUAAAAGCAGAAAAGUUAACAAAACGGCGACGAACGAUGAUGACAAACGCAAACAAGCAAAAAAAAAAAAACUAUUCUACAACAAACGAAAACCAAAAAAAAUUUUCCCAAAAACCAAAAAAAGUCACCGUCGGUGUCAAGUGUAUGUAACAAAUAGCCUGCGCAACAACCACAGAAGCUUUUCGAAAAUUCUGACCAGGACCGAUUCUCCGGACUUCCUGGGAGAAAUCUUCCCCCCCCCCCAAAAAAAAAAAAUGAUACACAGACACAAACAACGACUUCCCCCCUAUCACAAAUUAAAUUAAUAUAUAUAUAUAUAUAUAUAUAUAAUAAUAUCUCCGUCUUAGAUCCUCCCCUUCGUGUGUGUGUGUGUAUACCUACCACCAGCAAACGAGCCAGCGACGUCCACCACCAAAUACUCAGCUCUAGUCACACCAUAAUAUAUAUAAAUAAUAUAUUAUAUUUAAAAAAAAAAAAAACUAAAAAGAUUAAGAGAUAUUUUAACAAAAAAAAAAAACAAUUUAUUGAAUUGUAUAACUUAUUAUUAUUAUUAUUAAUUAAUUAUAUUAUUAUUUAUGUAUUUAAUAUAUAUAUAUAUA